AUGGACCCGCGGUCCUUCGCGGCGACGGGCCUCUCGCCGGAGACCCUGGCCUGCAUCGCCGACGACUUCGGCUUCAAAGUCAUGACGCCCGUGCAGGCGGCGUCGAUCCCGCUCAUGCUGGGCAACAAGGACGUCGUCGCCGAGGCCGUCACGGGCUCCGGGAAGACGCUGGCCUUCGGCGCGUCGGCCGUCGAGCUCGUCGCCGCCGCGAAGGCCAACGAGCCCGGCCCGGGCCCGCGCUGCGUCUGCGUGUCGCCGACGCGGGAGCUCGCGACGCAGACGUUCGCCGUGCUCCGGAAGCUCUGCGCCGCCAAGGCGCUCGCGGCGUCCCUCGUCGUCGGCGGCGCCGCCAUGGAGCGGGCCGUCCGCGACGACGUCGUCGUGGCGACGCCCGGCCGCCUCGACGACCUGCUGAAGCGGGGCGCGAUGGACGGCCGCCGCGUCGCCGUCCUCGUGCUCGACGAGGCCGACACGCUCCUCGAGCUCGGCUUCGCCGAGGAGCUCGAGCGCAUCAUGCGGGCCCUGCCGCGCCAGCGGCGCACGGCGCUCUUCUCCGCGACGCAGACGCGCGCCGUCGCGGAGCUCGCGCGCGCGGGGCUCCGGAAUCCGGCGACGGUCCGAGUCCGGGUCCAGCGGGCCGAGGCCUCCGGCGAGAAGCGCGUCCUGCCGCCGGAGCUACUCAACGAGUACGUCGUGCUCCGGCCCGAGCACAAGCUCGCGGCGCUCCUCGCCGUGCUCCGGGAACGCAAACCGAGGAAGACCCUCGUCUUCCUCUCGAGUUGCGCCGCCGUCGACUUCUUCGACCGGUGCCUCAAGGCCGCGGCGGCGGCCUUCCCGGACGAUCUGCCGGAGAUGCGCGCGCUCCACGGCAAGAUGGUGCCGAAGAAGCGCCGCGCCGUCUGGGCCGCGUUCCGCGAGGUCGCGGAACGACCGGUCGCGCUCCUCUGCACCGACGUCGCCGCGCGGGGGUUGGACGUCGAGGACGUGGAACUCGUCGUCCAGUGGGACGCGCCGCAGAAGCCCGAGACCUUCGUGCACCGCGUCGGCCGCACGGCGCGCGCGGGGCGGCCGGGCGCGGCGCUCCUGUUCCUCGAGAGGCACGAGGACUCGUACUCGGAGCUGCUCAAGCUCCGCGGCGCGCCCGCGGGCGAGGUCGCGGCGCCGGAGGGUUUGGAAGAAGCCGCGACGGUCUACCACGGCGCGCUCCAGGCGGCCUGCGUCGACGACCGGGCGUUACUGGAAAAAGGAACGACGGCGUUCACGAGCUGGGUCCGAAGCUACCUCGAGCACCGGCUGCCCUUCAUCUUCCGCUGGGAGAAGGUCGACGUCGGCUCCGUCGCGCGCCUCUUCGCGCUCCUGAAGCUGCCGGAGAUGCCCGAGCUCCGCAAGCUCGCCAAGGCGGGCAAGCUCACGGCGUUCGAACGGAGCGACGUCCGCACGGGCGCGAUACCCUUCAAGGACGAGAAGCGCGAGGCCGCGCGGCAGAAGCGCUACGCCGCCGAGCAGGAGACGCGGAAACAGAAGCGCGAGGAGCUGCGCGCGGCCGCCGCCGGCGGCGACGCGCCCCCGAAGAAGCCCGCGGCGAAGCGCGACGACGGCCCGCGGAAGCGCAAGGGCCAGCACGCGAAGAUCAUGGACGAGUGGGACGACCUCGCGGCCGAGGAGCGGCUCCACAAGCGCCUGAAGAAGGGCAAGAUCUCCCAGGACGACUUCGACGCCGAGCUCAGGGAGCUCGACGACUUCGCGCCGGAAGCGGCGCCGCGGAAGGACGCCGCGCCCGCGAAGGCGCACCAGGCGCGGCGCAACGCGCGGAAGCACGCCCAGGGCGCCAAGCGGAAGCACAAGGCGUUCAAGAAGGGGCGCGGCUAA